AUGUACAGCGACGGCGAAACUCAUGACGCUCCUCAGAGCCAGAGGAAAAUUCCCCCUGCAUCCUCCAUGUUGUGGGUCCGCAACCUCCGCCGUUUCAUAGGAUCUGGUGCCGGUCUCGGAUCCGAAGCUCUAAUGGAGCUUGAAACAAAAAGAAUUUUGCUUGACAUUUUUAAAGAAAAGCAGAAAAAAAGUGCCGAAGCUGGUACAAUUCCCAGUUUCUACAAGAAGAAACCUGAAGAGGGAUCAAUCAGUCAUAGAGUUCAGAGAUUAGCGAAGUAUCGUUUUUUGAAGAAACAAUCAGAUCUUCUUCUGAAUGCUGAUGAUUUGGAUGCAAUGUGGGUGUGCUUAAGAGAAAAUUGUGUGAUCGAUGAUGCUACUGGUGCAGAAAAGAUGAAUUAUGAAGACUUUUGCCACAUUGCUUCUGUAUGUACAGAACAAAUAGGUCCUAAAUGCCGACGAUUCUUUAGUCCUUCUAACUUCAUGAAGUUCGAAAAAGAUGAGCAGGGGAGAAUUGCCAUUCUACCAUUUUACCUUUACGUGAUGCGUACGGUUUCACUUACACAGGCAAGAAUUGAUAUGAGUGAGCUUGAUGAGGAUUCUGAUGGUUUCCUUCAGCCACAUGAAAUGGAAGCCUAUAUACGAGGUCUUAUACCCAAUUUGGCACAGUUACGUCGUGAAAUGGCUGCAGGCUUUGUUCCAAUGUACUGUCGUAUUGCUACACACAAGUUCUUUUUCUUUUGUGAUCCUCAUAGACGAGGAAAAGCUUGCAUCAAGAAGGUGCUGCUUAGCAAUUGUCUUCAGGAAUUAAUGGAGCUUCACCAGGAAAGUGAAGAAGAAGUAACAGACACAGAACAAGCCGAAAACUGGUUCUCCUUGACUUCUGCCCAACGUAUAUGUGGUGGGUAUCGUACAUUGGUUGAGACUUCAGGAUUUAUUUACGUUCAGCUUGAGGGUAGUAAUAAUAUCAAUCUGAGGGGUUAUUCUUGUUUAAAUGUUACUAAACAUGUUUUGUCACUUAACAAAGAGCAAGAUGGCUAA